AUGGGAAACCAUCACUCUGGUCGACAUCGAGUGGAAGACGAUGACGACCACUUCUACUACACGAGCGGGAGGUUACCGUCGCCGUUCAACAAGCAGCAGCAGCAGCAGCAGGUGAAUGGCAGUUAUCAAAACGGGAACUCCUGUGGUGGUGUUCCUGGAACAGGGACAGGCGUUGACCAGUCGCGGUUGAUCAAACCUCCAUCAGGUCUAGUCAGAGGUCAACAAACUCCUUCGCAUAAUGGUGCUAAUGGCAAACCGAGCUCAUCGAACAGUUCAAGAUCGACCUCACCGACGAAUCAUUCGUUCAUCCCGACUCCGAGGUCUCUCCAAAAUACCCCAAAUGUUCCCCUGAAGCACCAGAACGGCUCCAACACUGCCAGUGGCAUUCCUGCAAGAAAUUGCAUGAUACCCGGUCGAUCGAGCUUGCGAUUGCCCUCGACAAGCUCAGGAUCGGGUGGCAAAUCCGUGAAGCAAGCUAGCGUUGUGGAAGAUGACCCGAAGACGCUAAAAACAAAGGGAUCAAGCAUGUUCGAUAAGUUGAAUGUCUUCCACCGCGAUAAAGAACGCGCCAGUACAAAAGCUUUGUCAAGUUCAAGUGCCACAAGGAAUGCUGGCUCAGGGACGAAUAAGCGGGCCUCCAGCUCCAGUGGGUUCAGCUCUGCUCACAGUCAAAGUGAUUCUUCAUCCGUGGAUCGUCCGUCUCCGGUUCUUGCCUCGACUCCAUCCAUGAUAUCCCGCAAAGGUGCCAAAACGAAUGCAUCGCCGAAACUGCGAAAACGUUCGGAGGAACCGGCUCCUGCCACUUCUUCAAUAUCGCGUUUGGAUGCGAGUCGCAGGAGCUCCCGCGGCAGUCGUAUGCCGGUCCCAGUUUCAGUGCCAAUGUUGCCUCAACAAACUUCGGAAGCUUCGUCCGAUCUCGCCUUCAAACCCACUGCCGCUGUCAAAGCAACACCUUUGAGUGAUCAUAAUAUCUUGCCAAUAACUCGUGCAGUGCCCGAAAAAGAAGCGAAGCUUCCUAAUGGUACGACGGACGAGAAGCACGGAAUUAACAUUGCACUAGUCUCUCCAAUGCUCAACCGACGGAUGAAUGAUCAACCAGAAAAUAUCUCCAUCAUUGAAAAAGUGCCUGAGAAACUUGCCGAGCCUCCACCACCACCCAUACCUAUGGAUCCACCUCCUCCUUUGCCCACUGUGCCUGUGGCAAAGCCGGUAAACGAGUCAUGCUCAGAAUCAGAAGUGAAAGAUGAAGUUGACCCAGAUGACGAGAUAGUCAUGAAUAUUCGUCCGAUGGAGCCUGUCCUUCGCACUGCCAAUUUUACGUUUUUGAGAGGGUUGUCUCGAGGUUCUGCAUCAGCUGCAAGUGCCAAUUCUCCGUUCGAAGCUUUUUUGAGGAAGCGGAUGAACAAUGGAGUCUGUUCCGCUGAUCCCGGGCAAGGAUAUUUGUCUGACAGCGAAGCAACGGGGUAUAAUGGAGCUCCAGUCGACAACUUCGACGGGUACAUGUCCGAAGGAGGAGCUGGGUUGCAUGCUGCUUCAAAACGCAAACAGCCUAUGCAAUAUCCGGUUCCUGUCCCAGAAGAUGCGCGAUUGCCGAGCAACUUAUCGAACUGUAGACCGAGUACGAACGGACAGAUGGGAAAGAAUCGCCCCGGAUCCAAGCGGGAUAAUGUGGACGGUGCUUUACUUGUGGACCUCAUUUUCAGCUGCUUACUUUUAUGGUCCAAUUGUUGUGCUAAUUUGAAUGCGCAGCGUCGUGGUCGUUGA